AUGGAUCGAGAUACUUUUUUGUCAAAAUUUUUUCGUCGAUUAUCAAUUCAAUUAAAUUAUAUUCCCGGUGGUUCCAAACAAUUAAGGUUAAUAUUUAGUUUACUUUCCUGGCUUGGGAUUGUUGAGGUUGGACUUUUGUGCGCUCGAGAUAUUGUCUUAAUCUCACUGGACGAUGAUUCGGAUUGGAUUUAUAUCUUUGGUGAUUUCGCAGCCCCGGCGGGUAAAUUUCGUAAACAAGCGACCUUGAUCUUCCUCCUCUAUCUUUGUGGUGGACUUUAUUCAGCUCUUUUUCUGGUUCGAACUCAAAACAAGGUCAAAUAUCAGGAAUGGGCCAAAAUCUAUUCAAUCUUUGAUUCCAUUGGAAAAAAGCAUAACCCAAAUAUUGGACUAACAAAUCGGAUUAACUGGUUAACCACGAGAAUUGAGAUAAUCUAUUCAAUGUCCAUCGUCAUCUCGUUACUACUUUUGUCGGUAGUUCUUACGGUCACUUUUCCACCACAAUUUAUUCGCUAUACUUUAGCUCAUCAGCUGAUCAAUAUUCAUGGUGGUUAUAAUUGUUCAUCGCACUGGGGAGUGUCCUACCUUUUGUUUCCGUCUUAUGGUUACCUGUUGGGUCAACGAAUGGAUAAGUUGACUGACCAGUUGGAUAAAUUUAUCGGUCUUACCGAUUAUUGUCCAAGGCAUUUGAUGAAACGAUCCACGUUUAUGAUUGAUAAUCGUAGAAAAUCAACUCCAAGAGGAUUGAUUCUAAAAUUAACCAAACAAUUGAAACAAUUACAUAAAUCGUGUCUCUUUUGGUCUCGGAUUAGUGAACCAACAUUCUUAAUCUCUUUCAUUAAUCAGGCUCUUCUUCUUUAUCUCAUCUUUUUCGUUCCAAUGUCAACAGGAUUUAGAUUCUUUCUAUCCGUUCUUGGAAUAUUCAAUUUCCUCUCUGGUCAAUGUUACCAUUUUUUUGCUGGAAUUUACACUCAGAAAAAGAUUGACCAUUGUAUUGACUCUGUUCUCAAACUUGGAUAUUCACAAAUUGAUUGGCGAACUCGGUUAAUUGUUCUUAAUCUGGUAGAAUCGGUUCAGGAGAGAAAAUUUUUCACCAUAUUCAAUGCGAUUCAAUUCUGUUCGGAACAUUAUUGUUUGGUUUUACUUGAAGGUGUCUCUCUAUUGAUGUUAAUGAUUUCAACCUAUGGAGCCAGAAAUUAGCUUAAAUUGGUGAAAACCAAAAUCUAUUUACAAAUCAAUCUCCAUAUUGGACCCAAACAUAUCCAAAUGAAUCAUCUCCAAAUUAACUUUAACCAUUACAAUUAGAAGUCCAUUCA